UUUUGCGAUAAUAUAUUUGAACAAUAUCAGUAUAUGUCAAACAGCAAAAUGUUUUCUUCACUAGUGAUAUUUCUAAUAUGUACAAAUGUGGUAUAUGUAACACAAAUUGAAGAUGAAUUAAUCUGUAUUAAUGAUACAGAUUGCAGCGAAUCAACAGAUUCGAUUAUUUAUACACAAAAGUCUACAGUUAAUGAUCCACCUUCUUUAGAAGAUUCCACAAAUGAUAUAGAAGAGAAUACUUCAUUCACUACUACCAUUCCUAUAGAGACAACAUCUUCAAGAAUAAAUUCUACUGUAACGGAGGAAGAAUUAGAUUCAACAAUAGCCUCACCAGCUGUACAUCCAGAUAAUGAUAAAGUUCUCAUACUCGAAAAGAAAGAAAUAUGCGAGUGUAAUUUAAUUAAAUCUUCCUGUGAUAUCAAUUGCUGCUGCGAUAUAGAUUGCAAUCAGUUUCAUUUGUCUGCUUUUUCGCACUGUCAAAAUUAUCACGUAGAACUUUAUGACAGUCGAUAUUGUUACAAUCGAAACUUUAUACAACGAAACAACACAGCAUUUAUUCUUGAGAAACUUGGAAAUAAUUUAUUUUGCAUUUUAUAUGAUAAUCUUCCAUCUACAUAUAGUGCAGACAAUGACUUGAUAUUGAACAGUGAAAAAGAUCUAUGGAAAGUGAUACAAAAAAAAUACAAAUGGAAAAUGGAAGAUAGUACAGAAUUGCCCAAAUAUAAUUUGUCUAAAUCUUAUCAGCAUGGAGAUAUAUUGUGGAAAUUACAUAACACAUCUAUUGAACCAAUAGACCUCUUACAAUCUGGAUUCACUGGAAUAUGUUCGUUUAAAAAGACUUUACGAUAUUUGGAAAAUUGGAAAGGCGCAUGCAUACAAAAUGAUUUGACAAAUAUGAAUCGACAUUUGUUUAGCAUAACAUUCAAUAAUUUUACAGUUAUUAAUUCCUUACCAUCACUUAACGACACAUUUGUUCGAAAACAGGCAUGUCAAAAUAAUAUUUGUUUGCCAGUGAGGACACAUUAUUGUCGAAACUCGUUUUCCAUAUGCAAUAGAACCAAAAUAUCAAGCUUUUGUACAAACUCCACUUGUACCAAUAUUGUAAAGGGUUUGAAAUAUGUAAUCGCUCAUAAUGGUUCUGCUGGUAUCAAUAACAUUGAUGCAUAUUUCGAUAUAGGCAAUGCUUCUCAUGCUUUUUACCAAUAUUUUGAGGUCCAAUACAAUUGGAUAGAUGCGAAUAAAACAAGAGUUUUUACUCGUAGUGGAAAUCCUGGUUACAUAAUGGGCAAACCAAUCAUUUUUGGCAUUUCUCAUACUAAUAAAAGCAACGAGAUUUUCUUCAACAAAACUGAUGGAUUUUUCACAUUGCCUUUGGCUGGGAAAAAUGGAGAAUGUGAUCGAAUCAAUAGGCAUAUCAUUGCAUUCGGUGAAGAUGUUAAAUUGAGAUGCUCUGCCAAAUUGUUAAUAAAAAACUUCACCGCAUUAUCUUGCAAGGAAUUACAGAAUCUGACUAUGAGUCUUUUGUUGAGGGACUCUUUGUUAAAUGCAAGUUAUCGUGCUUAUGUUUCUAAAAUGGGUAAUGUCAUCAAGAAAGAUACAACCGACUGGUUGCAAAUCGUGUUUGACAGGAUACCACAAAGUGUCAUCACUGCACAUACAAUUGGGAAACGAAUCUUAUGUUCAGGAUUACUUACAUCUAUGCAUCUGAAUAUCCUUUACUCAAAAUUGCCAGAGCCAAAAACUUUAAUGAAUUACAAGAUAUUGGGUAUCGGCAUCACAUUUGGUAAGGAAGAGGAUAUUAGUUGGCCAAAGUGCAUACCAAAGAAUUGCACGGACAUCCUCCGUAUUGACAUUAUUUCUCAUGUCAAUUUCUAUGAUGUUUCAAAGCCAUCCAGGUAUCAUUUUGUCGGCGGACCUAAUUUAGACAUUACGUUACCUUAUGAUUUUUUUUAUCCUUUCAUGAAUGGCUCGAAAGAGACAGAAAUGUUGAAUAUAUAUGUGUUUUUAAUUAUAUAUAUAGCAUUACAUGCGAAUAUUUAACAUGUAUCUAUAUCAACACAUUUUGUUUAUCCCCUCAAUUAAAAUUUUUUCUACUUUUA